AUGGCUGAUGCUCUGAAGGCGGAGGGUAACAAAGCCUUCGCAGCGAAGGACUUCAGUUUGGCAGUUGAGAAAUUCUCUGAAGCAAUAGCAAUUGAGCCGGAGAACCAUGUUUUAUACUCCAAUCGCUCUGGAGCCUAUGCCUCCCUCAAGAACUUCCAAAAGGCCCUCGAGGAUGCGAAUAAGACAACAGAGCUUAAACCAGACUGGGUGAAGGGUUGGGGCCGGAAGGGAGCGGCAAUGCAUGGACUGGGCGAUCUGAUUGGUGCCAAUGAUGCCUAUGAGGAAGCCCUCAAACUUGACCCCUCUAACGCACAGGCCAAAACCGGACUUGAGGCUGUCAAGCGGGCAAUCGACGCGGAAGCCAGGGCGGAUGGUCUGGGCGGGGACCCGACCGGUGGCUUGGGAAGCAUGUUUAAUGACCCACAAUUGAUCACCAAACUUGCCUCAAACCCGAAGACAUCCUCUCUGUUGGCCGAUCCGGACUUUAUGGCGAAGCUUCAGCGUGUGAAGCAGAAUCCAAACAGCAUCGGAGAGGAGUUGAGAGACCCCAGAUUCCUCCAGGUAAUGAGUGUGUUGCUUGGGAUUGACAUGUCUUUUGCCCAACCUCCGGAGGCUGGAGGCUCUGCGAGGGAGCCAGAAGAGGAUGUCAAAAUGCACGAUGCAUCACAACCUAAGAAAGAACCAGAGCCAGAGCCAGAGCCAGAGCCCGAAGAUGAGGAGGCUAUUGAGAAGCGGAAGGCCAAGGAAGCUGGUGAUAAAGAGAAGCAACUUGGUACAGAAAACUAUAAGAAACGGCAAUUCGACGCUGCGAUCGAGCAUUACAACAAGGCCUGGGAGCUGAACAAAGAUAUCACAUAUCUCACUAACAUUGGAGCUGCUAAAUUUGAGAAGGAAGAUUAUCAGGGGGCUAUUGAAGUUUGCGAGAAGGCCAUUACCGAAGGUCGAGAAAUGUUGGCUGAUUUUAAGAUCAUCGCAAAGGCCUUCGGAAGAAUUGGCACCUCGUAUGAGAAGCUGGGAGACCUGUCAAACGCUAUCAUCAAUUAUCAGAAAUCGUUGACCGAACACCGUACACCAGAUAUCUUGACCAAACUUAGAAACGCGGAAAAAGCUAAAAUCAAGGCUGAGAAAGAUGCUUACAUCGACCCAGAAGAAGCAGAAAAGGCAAGGGAGCUUGGUAACCAAAAGUUCAAAGAUGCAGACUGGCCGGCUGCUGUGGAUGCUUACACUGAGAUGACGAAACGGGCGCCUGAUGAUCCACGUGGAUACAGCAACCGUGCAGCAGCAUUGAUCAAACUUAUGGCUUUCCCAGGAGCUGUUCAAGAUUGUGAUGAAGCGAUUAAGCGAGACCCGAAGUUUAUUCGUGCAUACCUAAGAAAAGCGCAGGCUCUCUUUGCCAUGAAAGAAUACAAUAAAUGCAUGGACGUAUGUACGGAAGCAGCCGAACAUGACGAGACAGGUGCCCAUGCACGGGAGAUCGACCAACAGCAGCAAAAGGCACUCGAGGCUCAGUUCAGUGCUCGUGCGGGUGAAACCGAAGAGCAAACUGCAGAGAGAAUCCAGCGCGAUCCUGAGAUUAUGUCCAUCCUUCAAGAUCCCGUCAUGCAGAGUAUCCUUCAACAAGCCAAGAGUGACCCAGCCGCUCUACAGGAGCACAUGAAGAACCCAGGCGUUCGGGUGAAGAUCCAGAAACUGGUGGCUGCGGGUGUUAUCCGCGUGGGAAGAUAG